UCUCUCUCUCGUCACGAAUCUCGAUCGAGCAUUUGUGAGAAACAUGGCGGCUUCUUUACUUUGGUCUUUAUGUGUGUUGUGCUUCUUCUUGUUUCUCGCAACUGAAACAAUGGCAGCUGCACCCAGGAAGCCCGUGAAUGUGCCAUUUUACAGGAACUAUGUACCUACAUGGGCUUUUGAUCACAUCAAGUACUACAAUGGUGGUAAUGAGGUUCAACUCUUUCUGGAUAACUACACUGGUACUGGAUUUCAGUCCAAGGGCUCUUAUUUGUUUGGCCACUUCAGUAUGGAUAUAAAGAUGGUUCCUGGCGAUUCGGCUGGCACAGUAACUGCUUUCUAUUUAUCUUCUCAGAACUCCGAGCAUGAUGAGAUAGACUUUGAGUUCUUGGGAAAUCGAACAGGGCAGCCCUACAUUCUUCAGACGAAUGUGUUCACAGGGGGGAAAGGAGACAGAGAACAGAGGAUCUAUCUAUGGUUUGACCCAACCAAAGCCUACCAUUCCUACUCUGUUCUAUGGAACUUGUAUCAGAUAGUGUUCUUGGUGGACGAUGUACCGAUAAGGGUGUUCAAGAACUGCAAAGAUGUGGGUGUGAAAUUCCCAUUCAACCAGCCGAUGAAGAUAUACUCAAGCCUCUGGAAUGCGGACGACUGGGCCACGAGGGGAGGGCUUGAGAAGACCAACUGGUCCAAGGCCCCCUUCGUCGCCACCUACAGGAGCUUCCACGUGGACGGGUGCGAGGCGUCGGUGAACGCCAAAUACUGCGACACACAGGGGAAGAGGUGGUGGGAUCAGAGGGAAUUCCAAGAUCUGGAUUCCCUUCAGUGGCGGAGGCUCAGGUGGGUUCGCUCCAAAUACACUAUCUACAACUACUGCAGCGAUAGGGUGAGGUACCCUACCAUGUCCCCCGAGUGCACCAGAGACAGAGACGUUUGAUGACAUGAAGAAAAACUUGAAUUUUUAGAUU